AUGAAGGUUCUUGCAGUCCUCAGCAUCUUGCUCCUGGCCACCAGGAUCGAAGCCAUCUCGCGAUGUGAGCUCGUCAACGCGGUAGCCAACUCCCAGCUGACGCAGUACGCCAGUGUGGCAGACUGGGUGUGCCUGGCCUACUAUGAAAGCAGUUACAACACAUAUGCAAUUGAUUAUGACAGAAACAGCAAUGGACAGGUCUGGUCAGCGGACUUUGGGAUAUUUCAGAUCAACAGUUAUUGGUGGUGCUACGAUGGAAAUCUUCCAAACGCUGCAAAUGGCUGUAACAUUAACUGUGAUGGUACGUUAACCGACAAUCUGCAAAAUUCCAUUAAUUGUGCAGCCGUAGUGGCACAACAACAAGGAAUGCAGGCCUGGUACGGCUGGCUAAACAAUUGCAGGGGACGACCGAUUCAACAGUUCGCUGACGGUUGCUGA